AUGCCAUCCGUGGCCUGCCUUCUGCUCCUGUGGGCAUGUUGUCUUGGGGCUUUGGGACAGACCCCAAAGCAGAAGAGAAUCAGUCAUGGAGAAGAGAUUCAUUUUCAGACAAAGGGCAAAGAUGCAUGUACUAUGCGGGUCAGCGAUCAGGGUGAAAUCCACCUCAGGCUUGAGUGCAGGAACCAGGGCCAGUUCUCCUGGUGUGAAUACAGUGGAAAACUUAGGCUAUGUGGGGCCUUCGUCAACAACCCGACUCUCUACUGGAGUCAGGUGGUUCUGGGCUUGAGGAGGCUGAGUGAGCCCUGCCUGGCAGCCCCAGUAUUGAGGCUCCCAAUGUGCCAAAGUGCUGGACCUGAGGCACAGCUCAAGCAGGAGGCUUCUAGCCUAAAGGAUGCUCACCUUUCCAGCUUGCAGUCUGAAGCUUCUAAGCCUUCAAAAUUAGGGUUCAGGUUGGAGGGGACCCCCCAAAAAGAUUCCAAGGAAGCCCACAUGGUCAAAGGGUCUGCCAAGAAGGUCGGGAAAGCCAAGCCCACUGCCCUACCUCCAGCAAAGCCAACCCAACAAGGGCAGCAGGCCCGGAGAGAGGAAGAGGCCAGGAGAAUGGCGAAAGAAUACUGCUGGGAGCCCUUGCAAAAGAUCUGUUCUUACAUCAUUGGCAUCUUUCUGGGCUAAGGACAUAGCCCUGCAGAAACCUUUGGCAGCUGGGAAAAGAUCUCUCCUUCCUAUUGGGUAGUGCUUCAUCUUUUAAACCUCUUAUCUCUCCUCAGAAUGAAUAAACUACUUGCCUAUUUCCAAUUGAAUGAAUGUUUCAGCUAAUGGGGUUUUUUUUUGUUGUUUGGUGGUUUUUGUUUUUGUUUUUUGGUGUGUUGGGCAGGAAAAUAAUCUCUUUAUGAGUUUAUAGUUCAAAGUAAUAAAUUUUAUGUGAGAUUGCAGGGUUAGCUCAGGGACUUGAAGCCCGAGCAUAGUUUUACAGCUUAUUUUCAAAUCUUAGAAGCCCUAUAGGGAAGUUGAAAUAUGUUAACAUUAUUCCAUAGUUCAUGGAUUAGCUUUUCUAACAAGGACUGUAUUUUGCAAUAGUCUGUAUAUGCUACAUUGAAUGAAUGAGUGUCUGGAGACAGGAUGCAGUCCUGUGUA